AUUUAUAUAUAUACAUAUAUAUCCUCACUGUUGUUAUAUAUGAAGCUUUAAAGGUAUCGAGAGAUAUAAAGUUGCAGGUUAUGGCUAAUAAAAGUAACAUUUCUGGCGAUUGCGACCAACUUCAAAGUGAUCAAUCCACACAAUAUGAUAAACCAUCCAUAACCGGGUGCCAAGAUUGCAAUAACGGUUUUUAUGAAGAAUGUAAAGAGCGACCUGAUGUAUCUGAAGAAACAGAAAAACAUGUCACUUCAUUAAAUGCUGAAGAAUCUGAACUAACCAGAAGUUUUUAUAAUAAAACACUCACCUUAGAACGCAAGAUUUACACAAUGUUGGCAAAUGUCAAUGGUUGUUCCAUGCUUUCCGAUGGUAGAAUGGUGUUCACGUGUUCGCAUUGGGGAAAAAUUAAAGUUUUUAGGUCAGAUGGAUCUGAAGAUUUAGAAAUGAAAAAUAUUGGUCCUCUUUGUGAUGUAGUUUCUAUAGGGAAUGAUUCCCUAGUUGUCACGUCGGGAGAUGAAAGCUAUUCAAGACAGAUAUAUAUAAUUGAUAUCGAGAAUAAGAAAGUGAAGAAAAGAAUUAACGUAAAUUCACACAGUCUUGGAGCGGCAUUGUUCAAUGACAAUUGCUUAUGUUACUGUGCUGGAAAGCUUGGAAUACAGGAGAUCUAUCUGAAAGAAGAAUUCAUUAAUAAUGUUAUCGCUACUGAAAUGUCGCCCCAUGCCUACAUGGCAAUACUACGUAAUACAAUAUACUACACAGACAGGAAAACUCACAGUGUUACCUGCAUUGGAACAUCAUGCACUGCAACAGGUGAGCACGCAUCUUGGACAGUGUGGACAUUCAAAGAUGAGAAUGUUCUGAAAUCCCCAAAUGGUAUCGCUGUAGACAACAUUGGUAGUGUAUAUGUAUCGGGAGGUUCGUCUUGUAAUGUGGUAGUCAUCUCAAAUAAUGGAUUAUUUCAUAAGCAACUUUUAUCUAAAGAGGAUGGAUUGAUAUAUCCGGGAGCUUUGCACUAUGACAGAUCUACCAAUAAACUGUUAGUUGCAAAUUCCUAUGAUUACGCAUUUUUGUUUAACGUGAACAAUUGAUAUGAAAGAUAUUAGUACUUGUGUCAUCGCUUAUAUGUGUUUCAUGCUAUCGUUAUUCUUGCAUUUACUAUUAUAUUGUCUAAAAGUAAAACUUUAAUAAUAAAUAGGUGACGCAGUUAAAUAUGCUCUAGUUGCUUGCAAAAUAAAAUUUCAUAAAAAUG